AUGGUAGUCAUUGUAAUGAGUAAUAAUAAUAAUAUUUACAGUAAUGGUUGUAAUAGUUACAGUAAUAAUUAUAAUAGUAACAGUAUUGGUAGCAGCACGACUCCACAACGGAAAUUAUUCAUGAAACAAGUCUUGGACGAUCCCAUGAGCGAGGUCUAUCAAACGUAUCAAGUCUUACGAACACGUUCCUCUCCACUCCAAAUGUAUCUAAUCGAAAUUGUCGAUCUUUGUACCAAUCAGGAAGCGGGAGUCACAGAAAUCAUAAUGCCUUACAUGACUUGUAAUUUGAGAACCUUUGCCACACAACGUCUCAAAGAUUCCUUUCAUUCUCUUCUUCGAGAGAAUCAUGACAUGAUCCAAUGGAAUAUUCAUUCUCUUUGUUUGGUGUUGGAUAUGAUGCAUCAAUGUGCCAAUGGAUUGCAAUGUUGGAAUGAAAUUGCUCAGAAACGUCAUAAUGAUGUCAAACCUGAGAAUUUUCUGGUCGAUGAUGGACAUGCACUGAAUUUUUCAUCAUUCUCCAAUUUUUGUGUCUAUCUUGCAGAUUUGGAUGAAUCGGAUGACAAUUAUUCGUGUAGUAAUCGUUCGAGAAGUGGAACACUUCAUUAUUUUCCUCCAGAGACGGGGACACGACGUUCCACACGUUCAGAUAUUUGGAGUUUUGGUGUCAUGUGUUUGGAAUUGCUUUGUUUACUUCAUCAAUUGCAUUAUUCGAAUGAUGGACAAUUUGGAAUUGACAACAGACAUGUGACAUUUUGA